GGGCUUAGGUUUCAUCAUCAUCACCUUUCAUCAUUUCAUUAAUUAUCAAGAAAAAAGAUACGUAAGACAUGGCUGUAUGGGCAUAGUUCCCUUUGCCUUACCCUUCGGGGAAAAGAAAACCAAAACAAAAAAAGUGACAUUUGUUUACGUCGUUGUUGGCUAAUUGUGAGGUUAUGUGCUAGUAAAAUUAUUUUUUAAUACUGUAGAAUGCCACUUGUGAGGCUAUUGAAAGUUGUUAAAUGUUUAUAUAAAGAGUAGCUCUUUGUCUAGAAUAAAUGUCGUUUGUUACUCUCACGUAUUUCACAAUGUUUUUUCUGUGUUUCAUGUUUCUGGUGGUUCUUCCCCUCAUGCUACUAGGAGUUAUAUUGUUCGGACUGUUUGUGCUCGUGCCUUGUGCAUUUAUCUUUGCUUCUUGGUAUAUGCGCAUAAAGGAGCGCAAGAUGGAGAGAAGGAAACGUGAUGGAGCCAACGUAGCUUUCUUUCAUCCAUACUGUAAUGCUGGUGGAGGUGGAGAGAGGGUGCUAUGGGUGGCGAUCAAAGCUUUACUGGCACGGUAUCCUGAUACGAACAUUUAUAUCUAUACGGUGGAGACCGCAGAACCGCAGUCUAUAUUGAACAAGGCACAGAACCAAUUCAACGUAAAAGUAGCCCCGGAGAGGAUCAAUUUCAUACGGCUAUCAUUGAAGAAGGGAAUUGAGGCUAAAACAUACCCAUAUUUCACGUUGCUUCUGCAGAGCCUAGGGUCUAUGGCCUUAGGCCUGGAGGCAUUUAUGAAAUUCAAUCCAGAUAUAUACAUAGAGACGACGGGAUUUGCGUUCACACUGCCCAUAUUCAGGUAUCUGGCGCAGUGUCCGGUCGGUUGCUACGUUCAUUACCCUACAAUUACCACUGCUAUGAUGCGGCGUAUCAAGCACAGAGUGGUCGCGUACAACAACUCUAGUCUUAUCGCUAGGAAUCCGCUCUUUACGUGGCUCAAAUUGCUGUACUACAAGGUUUUUGGGUGGUUGUACGGCAUGGCAGGGUGCUGCGCUGACGUGGUGAUGGUGAACGGAACGUGGACGGAGGACCACAUCAACGAGCUGUGGGAUAUACCCUUCCACACCGUCCGGGUCUACCCCCCCUGCGAGGUUUCAGAACUAAAGCAGUUGCGAUCGCUAGUAAGAGAGACAGACCCGAUCCGGAUCCUGUCGGUGGCGCAGUUCCGCCCCGAGAAGGACCACCCCCUGAUGCUGCAGGCCAUGUACGAACUCCGGAACCUGCUCGUUAAGAACGAGAUGCUUUGGCAUAAGAUAAAACUGGUUCUAGUUGGUUCGUGCCGCAAUGCGGAGGACGAGGAGAGAGUGCAGAAUCUGAAGGAUUUGGCCAAGCACCUGUCCUUGGAAGACAACGUGGAGUUUGUUGUGAACGCGCCGUACGCGCGGCUGUUGCAGUUGUACCAGACCUCCUCUAUAGCGAUACAUGCCAUGUGGAACGAACACUUUGGCAUCAGUGUAGUAGAGUGCAUGGCGGCCGGGUUGAUAACCAUCGCGCACCGCUCCGGGGGCCCGCUGGCGGACAUCGUGGAGACCUCCGAGACAUCGCGCACCGGCUUCCUAGCGGCCGAGGCAGACGAGUACGCGCGAGACAUACUCGAGGUCAUCGCGCUGCCGGCUGACGAACGGAAAAGGAUUAUUGAUGCUGCUAGAGCAUCAGUUGAUCGUUUUUCAACUACAGAAUUCGAGAAGUCAUUCCUAAGAGCGGCCGAGCCCCUCUUUAAAAUAGAUUAAAUUAGUAAUUAGCGCACUUAAAAUAAUUGGGUACUUGACUGAGUCAAAGAUAAAUUAUAAAAUGUUAAUCUACAAAUAGAAGCCAGUCUAAGAUGAUCAUAAAUCGAUCUCAUUUUAUUUUUCGACUUAUUUUCUUAAUGUUUUUCACGAAUUUAAGUAACAAUGAGUACGACGUUUAACAGCUUUUAUUGAUGACGUCACAGUACAGUAUUUCCAUACAAACUCCAAAGAAAAUUUUCGUUUUGACAUUUCGUAAAAAGUAUCUCACUCAUUUGACUAGGUUGUCAAGUAGCCAAUCUUCAUACACAAACUGUUAUUGAUUUUAUACAUUUACAAUUUGGUAGAUGAUUGGCUGGAAAUAAUAAAGAAGGCUGUCUAUAUCCAUUUAAUCUAAAAUAAUAAUAAAAAUAAUGGUAUUCUGUCAAAACAAUUUGUGUAUGAGUAGAAUUUAUAGCUUUUUUUAAUAUAUACAUUAGUGUAUCAUACAUACAUAACUCUUAAGACGAAUUAUUAUUAUUAAUAAACAAUGCUUGUUUUACAUAAACAUAACAUAAAUAGCAUAAAUAUGUCUAACUGAUGACAGGCCUCGCCACAAUCAACCGGAGGGGGUAUAAAGCAAAUUCCACGCUGCUCCACUGCGGGUUGUUAAAGGUGAUUUAUGAGAAUGCCAGUAUUGAAUGUCCACUGAGGGACUUUCCAAUCUGCGUUCCCCAAAAACACGAUAGAUGGCGUUGUUAAGUUUUUUCUUCGUUGAAAUUUCUAAUUUCAUGAAUAACAGUCAUGCAUCUUUUAUCUUUGUUUUUGGGUAUAAAUGAUGGCCCUUUUUAUAACACCAACUUCCACCCAUUAUUAUUCUGAUCAAAAUAAAGAGAAGCAAUAUAGGUAGCAACCUCAUUCUACGUAUACAUAAUGUGAUCCAAAUAUCAAGCAACAAUUAGUUUUAUUAUGCUUCUGCCAUUACAUUACAUUUUUGAAUAAUUGUGUACCCCAGCAAUGAGAAAACAUGAUUAAAGUGAACAACGCCAUCUAUCGUGUGUUUGGGGAGCGAUUGGAAACUCAUUAAGGAUUUUAAUUCGAAACAAGAUCCUUGACGAACUAUAAUGGAUAACACUAUGGCUAGAACCUCUGGACUAACGUAUACUUAUGACAUUUUUUUCCACUAGUUUUAAGCAUAAUGAGAAUAAGGCUCUUACUAGAGCAUUUUCGGUCUAUUUUUACUAGCUUUCCGCCCGCGUGGACUCCCUUUUCAGCCCCCCAGGGGAUGAUUACCGGGAUAAAAACUUACGUACUUCCUUAGGUUUAAAACUAUCUUGUUACCAAAUUUCACCGAAAUCGGAUCAGCGGAUCAAGGGUGAUAUGCUAACCGACAGACGGUUACUUUCGCAUUUACAAUAUUAGUAUUUAUUUUAUUAUUAAAAGGUCGUUAUUGCAAAGGUGGUUUAGUCACAAUUUGUUUAUUAAUGUAAUAAAAUAGUACAUUAUUCACGCCGUUUAUCACCUAAAAGGGUGUAAAGAGCUUUCGUUUAUUUAUAUUUGUUUCUCUAAUAUUAUUUACAAUAAAUUAUUUAUACAGAAAAUUCAAUUCAUGAGCGUUAGUUAUCGUGCAAAUUUCUGCAACAAUUAAGUACAUUUUAAAUGCCGCUUUAUAAUGAAUUUAUUUAUGAGUUGUAUCAUUAUCAUGAAGUGUAAUCAUUUUCAAAUUUGUAUAAUGUAAUAGUUUUCAAGUAUUAAGACUGCGGCAAUGAUAUUUUGUUAAUUUCGUAAAUAUGUUAUUUUUAAGUGACUAGAUUAUUUUAUAACAAGGCCAAUACUUAGAGCAAUAAAGUCUACCAAAGUUA